UAUGAGGUUUCAUUUCGAUCCAAAUAAUGCUAAUCGAAUCAAGUAGUAAUAGCAAGAGAAAUAACAGAAAUAACCAAAAAUAGAAUUGUCAGAUUCAUAAAAUAUAGCCUAAACCAUUUCAAUAGAAGUGCCUAAUGAAAAUUCAAAUAUGGUAAUUUAAAAUUAAAUUCAGGAAGUACAUUCAGGGAAUGAUUAAUAGAAAUUACCAUCAGAAUUAAAUAAACACAUCUAUGAGCCUAAGGAAACAUGGGAUAAAUUACCUGAUUAUCCAUUAGUUUAUUAAGAUAUUAAAAUUCCUGAUUGUAAUCAAAAUGAGAUUUAUCUUGCAUUAUAUGAAUAAUGUUUUAAUGAGGAAAUAGUCAAAUUUAAAGAGCAUUAUUCAUCAUAUAAAGAACUAAUAUUUUACUGUGAAAAAAUGUAAACAAUGAUGAAUUAGUUUCUAACAAAAGAGAGAUAAAUGAAAGAGAAAUAUUGUUAACCAACUUAAAAGGAUUUGCCUUAUCUUAUUAAGAAAUUAGAAUAUCAAUAAUAAAUAAAGGAGUAUGAAAAAUCAAUUGAGAAAUUUAUAAAAGCAUAGACAAAAAUCAAAUUAAUUUUAUAAAAUGAUAUACAAUAACAUGUUAGUAUAUAAAUGAUUAAUCAUAUAUCUUAUGAUUAAUCUUCAAAUCAUGAGAUAUUUCAUUAAAGAAUAAAUGAGUUUUUAGAAAAGAAUUAAAAUUUAAAAGAAUAAUUAUUAGAGAGAACUACUUAACAUGUAUUGAUUAAUUUAAUAAUAAUAAUAGUUCGUAAAAUUAUCAAAUGAUAGUAAGAAAAUUUAAGAGGAAAACAAAGAAAUUUAAAGAUAAAUUAUGAUGUUUGA